UUACCCAUCACUUUCCAUAAACCAGUGAUCACAGUGACCUUCACUAAGAUUAGAAACUGGAGCCAAGAACACCACGGAACAAAGUACCGGCUGAACCAAAUACUAGAACACCACAGAGCAAAGUACCGGCUGAACCAAAUACCACAAGCAUUUCUGUCAAAUUGCAAAUAAACAUGAAUUCUAGACAUUUCUCUUCAAACAGAACCAAUAAACAUAUGCAGUGUUUUUAAAGUUUACAUACACACACCCCCUCCCAAACUCCCACCUAACCCCUCUUCUUCUGUUAGUGACAUUUAGACUGGGACUGAAUUACCAUAUAUGGAUCCAACUAUGUUCAUAAAUGUGUGGUCAUGGAAACCAUCCUGUGCAUCAGCUGUUCUCCUCUGUUUCAUAUGGAAGCAGAAGAGAUGGAUGGUGAUGCCACAGGACCCCAGUCUGAACCCAGGUCUGGAUCUGGGUCUAGACACGGGUCUGGAUACAGGUCUGGAUCUGGGUCUAGACAUGGGUCUGGUUACAGGUCUGGAUACAGGUCUGGAUCCCAGUCAUGACAUGGGUCUGGAUCCGAGUCUGGACACAGGUAUGGAUCUGGGUCUGGACAGUGGUCUGGACAGAGGUCUGGAUCUGGGUCUGGACAGUGGUCUGGACACAGGUCUGGAUCCCAGUCCUGACACAGGUUUGGAUCCGGGUCACGACACAGGUCUGGAUCCCAGUCCUGACACGGGUUUGAAUUCCGGUCUGGACAUAAGUCUAGACACGGCUCUGGAUCCCAGUCCUGACACGGGUUUGGAUCCCGAUCCUGACAUGGGUCUGGAUCCAGGUCUGGAUCCCAGUCCUGACACGGGUUUGGAUCCUGAUCCUGACAUGGGUCUGGAUCCAGGUCUGGAUCCCAGUCCCAACAUGGGUCUGGACACGGGUCUGGACAGGGGUCUAAACAUGGGUUUGGAUCUGGGUUUGGACAGGGAUCUAGACCUGGGUCUGGAUCUGGGUUUGGACCCGGGUCUGGUUUGUGGACCUGCAGGGGUGAGCCCAUGUGCAUGUGUGUGUUUGUCCACGGGCUGUGACAUAUUCUGCUGUAAAUAGUGAAAGUUUGAAAUCUACUGUAUAUCAGAGUAUUGCAAUCAUGAGUAUUUAUUGAUCUAUUUAUUGAUUAUUUAUUCAAUGCAUUGGUGCAGCAUUGGAGAAGUUCAGGUUUCAGUAGUGUCUGUUGUUGACUGUUUGGAGUCAUGUGAGUGUGAUUGAAUUUCUGAUUGGUUGUUAAUGAACUCAGUAACCAUUGGUGGCUUUAUUUCCUUGUUUAGAUUUUUGGACAUUCUCAUUUGUUGUGUUGUUGAGAAUUGUUUCUCUGUAUUUCCUGUCAUCAGACAAGAAACAUAAAUGUGUAACAGUAAGAUGUUCCAGAGUCGACUGAAUUAAAAACCUGCAUUUGACUGGA